AUGAGCCAAGAAACCCAAACUGCUGAUAGCAAUAAUACAGAAGCAACAAAGAUUCAUUUUGAAAACAAUGAACAAAACCCAGGUUCUACAAAUACCAUCAACCAUGAACAACAACAGGAUUAUUCUCCCGAUCACCCGUACUCCAAGUUCAAACAAUUAGAAAAAUUAGGCAAAGGCACAUAUGCAACAGUUUAUAAGGGUUUAAAUAUUAAGACAGGCCAAUACGUGGCCUUAAAGGAAGUCCAACUAGAUUCAGAAGAAGGGACGCCUUCAACGGCCAUACGUGAAAUAUCUCUAAUGAAAGAAUUAAAACAUGAUAAUAUAGUCAGAUUAUACGAUGUUAUACACACUGAAAAUAAACUAACUUUAGUUUGUGAAUUUAUGGAUAACGACUUGAAAUUAUACAUGGAUACAGUGGCUAAAAGUAAACAUAGUAAAGGCUUAGAUUUGCCCCUGGUGAAGUUCUUUGCCUUUCAAUUAUUAAAUGGUGUAAGCUUUUGUCAUGAAAAUAGAAUUUUGCACCGUGACUUGAAACCCCAAAAUUUAUUAAUUAAUAAUAAACUACAAUUAAAAUUAGGUGAUUUUGGUCUAGCCCGUGCGUUUGGUAUUCCAGUCGCAACUUUUUCCAGUGAAGUAGUCACUCUAUGGUAUAGAGCUCCUGAUGUCUUGUUGGGUUCACGCAAUUAUUCGACAUCUAUAGAUAUAUGGUCUUGUGGAUGUAUUAUUGCUGAGAUGAUCACUGGGAAACCAUUAUUUCCUGGGAACAACGAUGAUGAACAAUUAAAAUUAAUCUUUCAAACAAUGGGGUCUCCACUAGCUAUUGGCGAUGAUUCUUGGUGUAGAGGUUUACCUAAGUAUACAAAUGAUUUGGCAUCGUUGAUUUUGUACCCUAAGGAUUUAAAAACAGUGUUAGGGUUUUUACCAGAUUCUCAAGUGGAUCCUUAUUUAUUUGAUAUACUACAUGGCUUAAUGCAAUUAAAUCCUGAUAUGAGAUUAAGUGCUCAACAAGCAUUACAACAUAACUGGUUUGCAGAAUAUAGAAAAUAA